AUGGCUCCAAAGAACGCUUCGGCCCCACUCAACAAAUAUUCGAGGACGAUCACUCAGCCCAAAGAUCAAGGUGCAAGCCAAGCUAUGUUGUACGCAACCGAAGGCGUCGAUUCUGAGGCCGAUCUACAGAAGGCUAUGGUCGGUGUAGCCAGCGUUUGGUACGAAGGGAACCCAUGCAACGGCCAUCUUCUAGGACUAGGCCAACGGAUCAAGCGCUCGCUCGUCAACGCCGGUCUGAUCGGAUACCAGUUCGGGACCGUCGGGGUCAGUGACGGGAUCAGCAUGGGGACCACCGGGAUGAGCUACAGUCUUCCCAGUCGCGAUCUGAUUGCCGAUAGUGUCGAGUCGGCCGCGGGUGGCCAUUGGUUAGAUGGGAUGGUCGUCGUUCCAGGCUGUGACAAAAAUAUGCCGGGCACUUUGAUGGCCCUCGGCCGGCUCAAUCGGCCAGGUCUGAUGGUCUAUGGCGGGACGAUCAAGCCCGGCCAUUGUGCCUCCGUCGGCCAACUAGACAUCGUCAGCGCCUUCCAGUCGUACGGACAGUAUGUGGCGGAUGGCCAGACGCCGGAAGCCGAGUCGCGUCGCCUGGACACGAUUCGGAACGCUUGUCCCGGGGCAGGCGCCUGUGGAGGGAUGUACACCGCCAACACAAUGGCAUCUGCUGCGGAGGCCUUGGGGAUGACUCUGCCCGGGUCAUCUAGCUUCCCAGCCGAGUACCCCGAAAAGUUGGUCGAAUGUGACGCCGUUGGAGCCGCGAUGCGAAACUUGCUAGAGAAGGACAUCAAGCCUCGGGACAUCAUGACGAGAAUCGCGUUUGAGAAUGCAAUGGUUCUCACCAUGGUCUUGGGCGGCUCAACCAAUGCGGUGUUGCAUUUGAUCGCGAUCGCCCAUUCUGUCGGUAUCAAGCUAACCAUCGACGACUUCCAAGCCGUCUCCGAUCGCACUCCAUUCUUGGCCGACCUGAAACCCUCCGGGAAAUACGUGAUGGAAGAUGUUUACAAAGUAGGCGGUAUUCCUGCUGUCUUGAAAUAUCUCUUGGAACACAAGAUGAUCGACGGCACCCAGCUGACGGUCACUGGCAAAACGCUGGAAGAGAAUCUGGCGGAUGUCGAAGGAUUGGUGGAGGGGCAAGAUGUGAUCCAUCCGAUUUCGUCUCCGAUCAAGCCCACUGGUCACAUCAGGAUCCUGAAAGGCAACCUGGCCCCCGGGGGUGCAGUGGCCAAGAUCACUGGCAAAGAAGGCUUACAUUUCCAAGGUAAGGCCCGCGUCUUCGAGACCGAAGCCGGCCUGAUCGAGGCUAUCGAAACCGGAUCUAUCUUGAAAGGCCAAAAAACCGUCGUCGUUCUUCGCGGGAUGGGCCCCGUCGGUGGUCCCGGCAUGCCCGAAAUGCUCAAACCGACCAGUAUGAUUAUGGGAGCUGGACUAGGUAAUGAUGUAGCCUGCUUGACCGAUGGCCGAUUUAGCGGAGGGACUCAUGGAUUCUGUAUAGGACACGUUGUACCGGAAGCUGCCAAAGGUGGUCCCAUUGGACUCUUGAAAGAUGGCGAUAUCAUCACAAUUGAUGCGGAGGCCAACACUCUCGACGUUGCUCUGACGGAGGAAGAGCUGAAGACUCGACGGGUCGGAUGGAAAGCACCCCCGCCUCGCGUGACGAGUGGAACGCUUUACAAGUACCAGCGAUUGGUCUCGGAUGCCUCGCAUGGCGCGGUCACCGACUUGCUGGACAUCGAAGACCUGUCGGUUUGUCCUAAAACACAUUAA